AUGAGAAAACCUGUGGAGGUUUUCUGCGGGAAAGGAGGCAAAAAUGUGGGAAGUUUUCCUGGAACGGUGCACAAAGCUCAGAAGGAUAAUCGCAAGAAGAAGGAGAUCGUUCAGCUUAAGAGUGAUCCCAAGCAUCAUGUACUGAUAAUCAAGGGCAAGAUUAGAGGCCAGAGAUGGAAUGUUACCCAUGUCAAUAUGGGGCUCCCACCCAAUUUCCAAACAACCUUUUUAAAGGGUUGUUGUAUGUUUACCAGGCUGUAUGAUCAUGUUUCAGAAGUAUUCUCUCCUGAUGUUUUGCUCACAUCUAUGACAGGCAUCCUUAGAGGUUGUGAGGUAUAUGGAGAAACUAGGCAAUAUAAACUAAGGUUUAUAUUUCUGUGGAACGUCCAGGGUGAGAGAAUACCUCCCUACUGCACCAUUAAGCAGAACUGGAACAACACCGUCCAUGAAUUCCAUAAGCCACAGCAACGCGGAGAAGCGGAGAACUCUCUCGGUUUCAUUGCACUCACCCGGCGCCUUGUCCUUUGCUGGUCUUCCUUUUUUGCCCGGUGCCAUCAUCCAUGCUCUUUGCCCUAUGCCAAGGCUAUGCGUGUCUCCUUCCUCCUGCUCUUCCUCCUGCUCCUCCUCCUCUCUCUCUUGACCAGUCCUUUGGGGUCCGGCCGGGGCUCAAGCCGCCUGCCGUGCCCUCCCUCCUGCAAAUGCUCCCCUGACGCCAUCAUUUCCUGCGACCGAGCCGGCCUCCGACACCUCCCGAGGGACAUUGCAGCCUCCACCAUUUCGCUCAACCUCUCCAACAACUUCCUCCGCCUCCUAACCGCCGACGCCUUCAGCAACCUGACUUACCUCAACAACCUUUGGUUGAGCCGCAACAACUUGACCUUCUUGUAUCCCGGGGCGUUCAAAUCCCUCUGCAACCUGAGGGUGCUCCACCUGAGCCAGAACUCAAGGCUGACCUACCUCCACGCCAACACCUUUGAAGGCCUCAAGAACCUCAUCAGCUUGGACCUCUCCCACUGCAACCUCUUUGAAAUCCAUCCAUUCGUCUUCUCCCACCUGCCGUCCUUGGAAGCCCUCGACUUAACCUCCAACAACAUGCGCUACAUCCCGGAGGCUUUCCGGAAACUGGUGCACCUGACAAAGCUCUCCCUGGAGAGGAACAACAUCGAAGCCAUCGGGACGGACUCCCUGAAAGACAUGGUGGCCCUGAAGGACCUGAACCUGCGCAAGAACCGCAUCUGGACCAUCCAGAAGGAUGCGUUCCUCCGACUGGACAGGUUGGGCGUGUUGAAUUUAGGACACAACCGCCUCUCCGAUUUUCCUAAGCAGCUCUUUGCUGGAUUAACGCGGCUCAGGACCAUGCACCUUGAGGCCAACCAUCUCACUGGGAUCAGCUGCCCCUUUGGCAGCCUACGCAGCCUGCGGAAGCUUUACCUCAACAACAACCACAUCGCCUCCAUCGCCGACUCGGCCUUCUCCGCCUUGAAGGAGCUGGACUUCCUCCACUUGAACCGCAACAACCUGAGUCGCCUCUCCAGCCAUCUCUUUGCGGACCUCCCCAAGCUGAGGCGCAUCUCUUUGUCCCACAACCCUUGGGAGUGUGACUGCUCCAUGUUGUGGUUGGCCACCUGGAUCCUCACCUACCAAGGGCUCAUUGAGGGACUCCACUGUGCCAACGAGACCUCUCUGCUCAGCCUCCUCGACCGGGAGGCUUUCUUGAACUGUCCACCACCUCCAAAGUUCACGCGAGAAGAUGGUUGUGAUGGGGGACACCAAAACGGCGCAUCCCAUCUCCCUGCCCUUUCUCAGAAACUGGUCUAUGCCCUGCUUCCCUGGUGGGGUUCAUUUCCUUUCUCCUUCCUGCCAUCCAAUCUUAUCUCAUUGUGAGCACUUCAGUUUUGGGAAGAUGCACCAAACAAAAAAGAGGUAAAAGUGGAUUUCUUCUCUGUUAGCAACACACUCCGCUUGCUCCAACAAAACUGCCGUGCUCAAUUAACCAGAAGUGCCAUUCUUGCUGCAGGCAGGAUAAUAGGAGGCAAAUUUCACUAUUGUUAGACUGGGAUAGAGAUGGACAGGAGAGCUUAGGAGGGCAGUUCAGGAGGUCAGGGUUUGAUGGAGGUUUUGCUAACUCUCUUAUAUUGAUGCUUUUUACUAUGAGUCUUUCAACAUUAUACAUACAGUAGAGUCUCACUUAUCCAAGCUUCGCUUAUCCAAGCCUCUGGAUAAUCCAAGCCAUUUUUGUAGUCAAUGUUUUCAAUACAUCAUGAUAUUUUGGUGCUAAAUUCAUAAAUACAGUAAUUACUACAUAGCAUUACUGUGUACUGAACUACUUUUUCUGUCAAAUUUGUUGUAUAACAUGAUGUUUUGGUGCUUAAUUUGUAAAAUCAUACCCUAAUUUGAUGUUUAAUAGGCUUUUCCUUAACCCCUCCUUAUUAUCCAAGAUAUUUGCUUAUCCAAGCUUCUGCUAGCCUGUUUAGCUUGGAUAAGUGAGACUCUACUGUAGUUAAGUUUGCUUCCAGGACCCAAAAUCCAUUGAUCCUUAAGUCCCAAUAUUCUCAUAAAGGUAAAGGUUUCCCCUUUGAGUUCUGUUUGUGGAUUAUAACUUUGAAAGACUUUGCAGAACUAUCUUUUGAACUAUUGUGGACAUUAUAUUAUGGACUACUGAAUCUAUUGACACUUUCCGCUGUUUACUUGCAUACACACACACACACAAACAUAGGUAAAGGUUUCCCUUGAUGUUAAGUCCAGUCAUGUCUGACUCUGGGGGUUGGUGCUCUUCUCCAUUUCUAAGCCCAAGAGCCGGCUUUGUCCGUAGACACCUCCAAGGUCAUGUGGCCGGCAUGACUGCAUGGAGCGCCCUUACCUUCCCGCCGGAGCGGUACUUAUUGAUCUACUCACAUUGGCAUGUUUUCGAACUGCUAGGUUGGCAGGAGCUGGAGCUAACAGUGGUCGCUCAUGCCGUUCCCGGGAUUUGAACCUGGGACCUUUUACUAUGAGUCUUUCAACAUUAUACACAGUUAGGUUUGCUUCCAGGACCCCAAAUCCAUGGAUUUUUAAGUCCCAAUAUUCUCAUAAAAGUAAAGGUUUCCCCUUUGAGUUCUGUUUGUGGAUUAUCACUUUGAAAGACUUUGAAGAACUAUCUUUUGAACUAUUGUGGACAUUAUAUUAUGGACUACUGAAUCUAUUGACUUUUUCCGCUGUUUACUUACAUACACACAUACACACAAACAUAGGUAAAGGUUUCCCUUGAUGUUAAGUCAAGUCAUGUCUGACUCUGGGGGUUGGUGCUCAUCUCCAUUUCUAAGCCCAAGAGCCGGCAUUGUCCGUAGACACUCCAAGGUCAUGUGGCCGGCUUGACUGCAUGGAGCGCCCUUACCUUCCUGCCGGAGCGGUACCUAUUGAUCUACUCACAUUUGGAUGUUUUCGAACUUGCUAGGUUGGCAGAAAAUAUAUUGUAUAUAUAUUGUAUAUACAUAUAAUAUUGGUAAUAAUAUUAUUAUGUAAUACAAUAUUAUACUAAUAAUACAAUAUAAUAAUAUUAAUUUUAUAUUAUAUAUUAAAUUUAAUAUUACUAAUAAUAUUACCAUAUAAUGAUAUAGUACAAUAUAGUAAUUGAAUGCUUAUAUUGUGCUAUACUAAUAAUAUAUUGUAUGUACAUUUGAUUUGCAAGCUGCUCUGAGUCCCCUUCGGGGUGAGAAGGGAUAUAAAUGUAAUAAAAGGUAAAGGUUUCCCCUGACGUUAAGUCCAGUCAUGAUUGACUCUGGGG